UCCGGGCGGAAAUCAUAGAUUUAUACAUUACUUGUCAAUAAUAUGUAGUUUUAAAGGCGCUCACAGAUCUUUCACAUAGAUGAAUUGUAUGCCAAUAACUGAUACUGCUAGCUUGCUCAACUUCCUGCACAGGAUAAAUUCUAAUCCUGAAUUAACAAAUUCAAAUGGUAAACGACACCAAUGUGACUAAGAAAGGAACAGUCUUCAUUGAACAUAAUUAAGUGAUGAUAAUAAUAGUACGCUACCGUACGCCUGAGCUUGAUAUCGAUGACCGACCUGGAUCCAGUUUUGAGUCAUUUUCAUUAUCAGACUAUGUUGAUGGAAGUCCUGGAGGAACAGAAAAGACACUUAUUAGUCAUGAACUCGACUUUGACGAUCUAGAUUCAGAUUACCGAAGUACGGCGUAUUCACGUCCAAUAGUAGGGAUGUCAUCGGAUUGCCUUGAUGGAGCAAAAUGUACUGACGAAAACAACCUUUCCAGUACACACAAGCUUGUCACUGGAAGAUUGCAGUAUUUUGGAAAGUCGUCUUGUAGUAUCGACAAUGCAACGGAUAGUUUGGAUGGAAAUCCACAUAACAUGAAACCGUCGAUUAACAACGUGGCAUCAAACAUCAAAACAUCGGACGAUGCAGGAACAGAAAUAUCAGAAAACGAUGUUAGUGUUAAAGUUGUCAGUCUUCCAUAUUUGAAAACAGAUGAUAGAAUACAAUGUGUUUUGACAUUUGAUUCUAGCUUUAGAAAUAUACUGGAUAUAUACCCUAUAACCCCUACUGUAGCUUGGGUUUACAAUUUAGAAAGACUAAGACUGAUUGAUAUAGGCGGAAAACUGUUGUUUGAUUAUCCUUUGAAAGGUGGAUUCUUAUAUCUUCAGGGUACAGAAAACACCAAUGAAGUUCUCCUUCUUCACCAUGGAGAAAACAAGAUUAUAAAAGUUGUGUUGAGUAAAGAUACUAGUAACCAAACAGAUGCGUUGAUUAUGCCACUGAUAGACAUGGGUACAAAUGAAAAAACACAAAACAAAAUAAAACAUUUUCUUAUACGCAAGUCAGGGGACAUAGUUGUAUGUGUGAGCCGUAAACUUAGAAAAUGUGGAUGCAUUCCGACAGAUAUAUCAUAUAUACAGAUUUACAGUAGAGCUGGACUUUUUCUUCGUGAAACAAAACUUCAACAUAAUGGAACAAAUCUUACAGGCGAUAUUUAUGCUAUCACUGAAAAUAAUAAUGGGCAUAUAUGCUUAGCCGGAAAUAAAAAUACAGAUAAUAAUUCACAUUAUCUAGUCGACCUUGACAUUCAGUUGAGGGAACAUUUUUUCUUUGAUGGAAAUGAAUCAGACUCCAAUUUUUUUCCAACGUCUUUAGCAACCACUCGCCGAAACGACAUACUAUUCGUGAAUAAUCUAGAACAAAUACAAGUCAUUGAUGAAAAUGGGAAGAUUUUAAGAAAUAUACAGACAGACAGCUUCAUCUCUCAUGGUAGACCAGAACGUAUUGCUACGGACAGAGAAGACAAGCUAUGGAUUGUCACGAGUUUAGGCAAAAUUAUCAGUGUUCAAUUGAAAUAAGCAAGUUUUGUAAAUACUAUAUCGUGAUUAUGAAAUUUCAUAUAGAGUAUCCGAAAAUUUAAGGAUUAACUGUGGCCAUUUCUAAUCAUGGAUUUAUAGAGAUUCUUUUCAAAUGUGCAGUAUAGACAUGUAAUAUCUUAGAUUACUUCCAUUCUGCAGUCAAACCCAUGCUAGAGACAAUUGCAAGCGGCUAUUCUAAUUUCUCAAUGUUCAUUCAGGUUGACCAACUCUCAAAGCAUACCUUUUAAAUAAAUUUUAUUUUAUUAUAAGUAGGCAUCACAAAUUUUCCACUGGCCAUUAAGUAUCAUCAAUAAAUCAUCAACCAGA